GUACGCAUGCGCGUUGUUGACCCGGAAGUCGGUGCAGUGUCGGUGCAGUGUAAGAUUAGCCGUUAGCUUGUCCUCUGGAGAAAGAACCUCUCACUGAAGCUGUCUUCGUCUCUUUCUGCCUCGUCAACCCUGCUCGCUCAAGGCGGUUCCGGUGCAUCUCGCUAACAUCUGACCCAGUGUAGAGCAGAACCAUCAGGAUGUCCUGUCAUGUCUGCCACCUCCUCCUCCUCCUCCUGCUGCUGGGUGUCGGGGUCUCUGCGGUGGAAGUGCUUCGCCCUCGGGGUGUCCCUCUAUCAAAACGGCAGUUCUAUGAAGAGGGCAAACCGUUCACUUGCCUGGAUGGCUCCCGCACUAUUCCCUUUGACAGAGUGAAUGAUGACUACUGUGACUGCCGGGACGGCUCAGAUGAGCCAGGCACUGCUGCUUGUCCCAACGGCAACUUCCACUGCACCAAUGCAGGUUUCAAACCGGCCUUCAUCCCCUCAUCCCGCAUUAACGACGGCAUCUGUGACUGCUGUGACACAACAGACGAGUACAACAGCGGCGCUGCCUGUCAGAACACCUGCAGGGAGAUGGGGCGCAAAGAGAAGGAGAGCAUGCAGAAGAUGGCAGAGAUCGCUAAGGAGGGUUUUAUGCUUAAACAACUACUAAUCCAAGAGGCCAAGAGGGGCCUAGAGGAUAAGAAGGCCAAACUUGUUGACGUUGAGGUCAGUAAGAAGGAUCUGGAAGAGAAGGUUGAGGCUAUGAGAACUGUAAAGGAGGCUGUAGAGGAGCCAGAGAAAGAAGCUAAAGGGCGCCAUCUGAAGGCCUGGGAAGAACAAAAAGCUCUCAUUAAUAUGGAGAAGGACAAGGCAAGACUAGCUGCUGUAUUUCUUGAACUGGAUGAUGAUGCUGAUGGCUUCAUCUCAGUGACUGAGCUUCUUUCCCAUCCCGAGCUCAAUCCAGAUUCAGAUGAUUCCUUCACCGAAGAAGAGGCUCAGGAGUUAUUGGGAGGAGUGGACAGAGUGGACCCAGUAGGAUUUGAGGCUGUUUGGAAUAGCAUCAAAGAAAAAUACAUAUCAGAGGCCUCCACAGACACACCAGCACCAGCGGAGACUCCACAGGAGGAGAUGAGGGAGCCAGUCCCCGACAACGACUCUGAGCAGUACCCUGAAGACGACAUCCCAGAGGAUGACGAGGAGGAGGACGAAGAAGACGAGGAUGACGACACAGAGGAUGCAGACUAUAAGGCCCCUCCUACAGUGGCGACUCCAGAAAAGAAGGAUGACGACGAUGAGGGCGCUAUGCCACCAUACGACCAAGAAACGCAAAACCUUAUUGAUGCUGCUCAGAAAGCCAGGGAUGACUUUGAUGAGGCUGAGAGAGCUCUCCGGGAAGUGGAUGAUCAGAUCAAGAACCUUGAGAAGGAAAUUUCCUUUGACUUUGGACCCAAUGCUGAAUUUGCCCAUCUCUACAACCAGUGUUAUGAGUUGUCUACUAGCGAGUACAUCUACAGGCUCUGUCCGUUCAACAGAGUAUCCCAGAAGCCCAAGUAUGGUGGAUCUGAAACCAACCUGGGAUUGUGGGGAAAAUGGGCAGGUCCUGAAGAUAACAUAUAUUCUUUGAUGAAGUAUGAACAAGGAACAGGAUGCUGGCAAGGCCCUAACAGGUCCACCAUGGUUAAAUUAACAUGUGGAAAGGAGACAGUUGUGACAUCUACCUCAGAGCCCAGUCGCUGUGAGUACCUGAUGGAGUUCAUCAGCCCUGCCAUCUGCAAAGAGCCUUCGAGCCUGGAUUUAGGGCUGCCUCCGCACACAGAGCUCUAGGUCCAUUUGAUAUGUUGUUCCUGAGGGACCACACCUUGCUGUGAGCGGCACCACCUUGUUGUUGGUUAACAGUUCAGAACAAAUUAUGGAAAUUCCACAUAGUCAUCUACACUUCCAACUUCCACUACAUGUUUUGUUGAUUUCCCAAUUUGUCAAAUGGGGUGUCAUUCCAUUGUUUUGAAAUAAACUACUUUUUAUCAAAUUCCAAA